CCCAUGUAAAAGAAUUAUUCCAACAGCUGUGAAAAUGAAGGAAAGUGAUACGAUAACAGAGGAAGCAGUAACAGUCACACUAAGAAGGGCUCUUGCUUACUUCUCUUCAAUUCAAGCCCGCGAUGGCCAUUGGCCUGCUGAAUGUGCAGCUGGAUUAAUUUUCCUUCCUCCAUUGGUAAUAGUGUUAUAUAUAACUGGAUCACUUAAUACUGUUUUUGGACCAGAACACAAAAAGGAACUUAUUCGCUACAUCUAUAAUCACCAGAAUGAAGAUGGAGGUUGGGGACAACACAUAGAAGGACCUAGCACCAUGUUUGGUUCGGUAGAGAGUUAUGUUACGUUGAGGUUAUUGGGAGAGGGUCCUAAUAACCAUAGUGACGAAAAUUCUAUAUCUAAAGGCAGAAAAUGGAUUCUUGAUCAAGGUGGUGCUGUUGGGAUCCCGUCUUGGGGAAAGUUUUGGCUAACGGUGCUUGGUGUGUAUGAGUGGUCAGGAUGCAAUCCAGUACCCCCAGAGCUUUGGCUUUUGCCGAGAGUGUUUUUCCUUCAUCCAGGGAAAAUGGUUGCCUUGGCUCGCUUGGUUUAUUUGCCUAUGUCAUUCCUAUAUGGGAAGAGGUUUGUUGGUCCAAUCACUGAGUUGGUUCAAUCACUAAGGCAAGAACUCUAUACCGAACCAUAUCAUGACAUAAAUUGGAACAAAGCUCGAAACACUGUUGCUAAGGAGGAUCUGUUUUAUCCUCAUCCUUCGGUGCAAGAUAUGGUGUGGGGACUACUUUACAAUUGUGGAGAACCAUUGUUAACACGAUGGCCUUUUUCUAUGCUAAGAAAGAAGGCACUGCAAGUUGCUAUGGAUCAUAUACAUUACGAAGAUAAAAUUAGUAAUUAUCUUUCUGUUGCCAGUCAAGAGAAGAUAAUAACUAUGCUUGCUCGUUGGGUUGAAGAUCCAAAUUCAGAAGCUUUUAAGUGUCACUUAGCUAGAAUUCCAGAUUAUUUUUGGAUUGCUGAAGAUGGAGCCAAGUGUCAGGGUGUUGGCUCUCAAUCAUGGGAUGGAGCUCUUGCUGUUCAAGCUAUUAUAUCAUGUAAUCUAAAUGAAGAGUAUUGCCAUACUCUUCGAAAAGCGCAUGAGUUUUUAAAGGCUUCACAGAUUCGUAAAAAUCCUCCUGGAAACUAUACUCGAAUGUAUAGACAUAUAUCUAAAGGUGGGUGGACCUUUAAUACUGCUGACCAAGGUUGGGUAAUCUCUGAUUGUACUGCCGAAGCAUUAAAGGCCACACUAAUGCUCUCUCAAAUCUCACCAAGUCUAGUUGGAGAGAAAAUGGACAUAGAGUGCUUCUAUGAUGCAGUAAAUCUAUUGAUCACAUAUCAAAGUAAUGAUGGCGGUUUCUCUGCUUGGGAACCCAAAAGAGGAUAUCAUUGGUUGGAGUACUUAAAUCCCAUAGAGUUCCUUGCAGACACUGUGGUUGAGAGAGACUAUGUAGAGUGCUCUUCUUCGGUUAUCCAAAGUUUGGUACUCUUUAGGAAACUAUAUCCAACAUACCGAAGAGAUGAAAUAGACAAAUGCAUUACAAAGGGAGAGCGCUACAUUAUCAAUACACAAAACCCUGAUGGCUCAUGGUAUGGACGAUGGGGGCUUUGCUACACGUACGGUGCAUGGUUUGGCGUAGAGGCGUUGGUAGCUUGUGGUAAAACUUAUACCAAUUGCCCUAACUUGCGAAAGGCAUGUCAAUAUCUAUUGUCCAAGCAACUCUCUGAUGGUGGUUGGGGAGAAAGUUACCUUUCAAGCGUAAAUGAGGUGUAUACCAACAUAAAAGGAGAUCGAUCAAAUGUGGUCCAAACUGCAUGGGCAUUGUUAGCUCUCAUUGUGGCGGGACAGGCUGAUAUUGAUCCAAAACCCAUACAUCGAGGAAUAAGAUUAUUGAUCAAUGAACAAAUUGAAGAUGGUGACUUUCCUCAACAGGAAGUAAAUGGAAUAUAUAUGAAGAAUGGGGUGUUAAACUUCGCAUCAUAUCGUAAUAUCUUUCCAAUAUGGGCUAUAGGAGAAUAUCGUCGACGAGUUUUAACUAAAUAUUAAACUUAGUUGGACUCAGAUCGAAGAAAACUAUUAUAAAUUAUCAGUUUGAGUAGUUGUGUUAUGUACUCUGCAAUAAAGAAACUUCUCCAAUAAUAUGUCAUGUACACCAUGCAUCAUGUCAUAUUUUUAUUUCAUUAAUGUUAUUUUACUUACAUUAUUAAUUUGUCCAA